AUGUCCAACAAUUCCCCAAUUUUCCCCAUUCCUCAUUCUCAACAUUUCAGCGACUAUGGCUUCGAUCCCCAAAUCGACUACUUUCAGGUUUUGGAAGAAGCGAGGAAGCACAAGAAAGAGAAUUCGUCGAAAUCCUCCAUUGACACUUUACAAUUCAAGCUCGAGAAACCUAUAUCGAAGGAAGACCUGAUACGAACAACUCUCCAAAAGAAGAAGCGUCGUUGGUUCUGGAAGAAAGCUCUCCUUGUUUUCAACUGGCGGAAAUGGCCGGCGAUCGGAAGACGAGGAAGCCAUUACGCCAGCGACGGAGACGGAGACGGAGACGGAGACGAUCGCGACGUACACAUGGCGAGGGCUAGGAAUUUUCGGGCCGGAGCCGCGAUUCCGUAUCUGAGUCUACGGGAGCUUAACAUGGAGCGGCAGCAGAGGAUCGGUGCCUCUUCUAUGUCGGGUCCCGUUUACUUGGUCACGUGA